AUGGUUGACUUAAUGGGAUGGGACUUCAAUUCUGGCCUGAAACCCUACGGCGACGAAUGGCGGCAACACAGGCGUAUCCUCCAACAUCUAUUCAAACGAGAAGAGUCAUUAGUGUAUCGGUCCAUUCAAACCAGGAAGGUUAACGACUUGCUUUACGGCCUCCUUACCACCCCCGAAGACUUCUUGGCUCAUGUCAGAACAGUAGCCGCUGCGAUUGUCGUAUCUGCGAUGUAUGACCUUGACAUCGAACCGAAGGGGGACUAUUUCGUCGGGCUCGCAGAGGCGGCCGUGUCGAAAUUGUCCGAGUCCGUCUUUCCUGGCGCAUUGGCCGUCAACGCUCUUCCCAUCCUUCGUUUUUUACCCGAAUGGUUCCCAGGUGCUGGAUUCAAGCGCUUCGCGAGAGGAGCGAAGGAGCUGACUGACCAGAUGCUCGCCGUACCGAUCGAAUCCGUCGAGAAGCGCAUAGUAUACGGAUGGAACAUCAGUCUCAUGUGCAGUUGCUACCCUUCUGGAAAGCGACGACUCACGAGAUCCAGAAACGUAUGA